AUACCAAACGGAGUCAUCAUACUGGACUACCCUAAUGCCAGGUGGGUCGAGACAUAUUAUAACGUUUAUCUCUUAAUCUUUGGUACAAUUGCCCCGUUUUCCAUCCUUGUCGUCUGCAACACUGUCAUCAUAUUCGGCAUCCGCAAAGCAGCGAAAGAGAGGAGGAGAAUGAAGUCCAUGCCGACCAAAACAGCAAAAGAACCCAAUCUCACCACCAUGCUUUUGAUGACGUCAUCGUUUUACCUUGCAUGCUCGUGUCCUAAACGAAUUUACGAUAAUUUGACCGGGUAUGAUUUGACUGAUGCGUAUUGGUCGGCGAGAUACUGGCUGCAGUGGUGGGUUUGUAACGAGUUAUGGCUUUUGAAUUUUGCCAUUAACUUUUAUCUGUAUUUUCUGGGCGGUGGACGAAAGUUCCGACGCGACGCGAUAUAUAUUUUCAAAAUACUGUGCUGUAAAGGAAUUGAACAGUGAGACAAACCAAGGUCUUUGUGAUUGGACAUUUGGCAAGUCACCAAGCAUAAAUUAAAUGGGCCACCUUAUCACUGCAUGGGCCGUAACUUCAGUUCACCCCUAUGAUAAUCAGGGGCUUGCCAACCAUCAGCAUAUUUUUAAAAUACGGUUUGUUGCAUUUUCGACAUGGACUUUCUUUAGUGCUUUUUUCGCUAUUUAUGUACAAGAAAAAUAGGAUAAUCAAACACGUGAAAUUUCUUACCCACUUAUCGAUACCUUUUUUUAAGUAGAUGCCCAAUGUUUCAAUUGAUUACACAUUUCCUGACCUUUUGAUCCAGAAAAUUCGAUACGUUUUUUGACCACCCGAUACAUGUAUGUACUCAGUUUGAAAAAAAGCACUCCUUCGUCGUACAUUCAGCGAUGUGAUCAGGUUCUCAAAGUCGAGUUGUUCGAUAACAUAUCGAAUUCCUUGCGUAUUUAUUCAUUGUUGAUAUGGAAUCCAGCUGAUAUUGUUGCAAAAGUUUUACGCGUUUUUGUACAAUGUACAUGUACAUUAUACUGCAUAUACAUGUAGCAGGGUGUUUUCAAAACUAUUGCCUUGGCGCUCUUGGGGCCGCGCAUAACGACUGAAACGGCGAGUGAAGGAAGGUUGUUGAGCCAGUGGUAGUCAAUGCGUUAUCCUGGGACUGGAUUGAAUCAACAAGUUAACCGUCCCGAGCGUUACGCACUGGCAAGUCGACCAUGGAAAUGUUCACGAAUGAACCCGAGGAGACUCCAGUCCCCCCUGUGACCUACCCCUUCAUGGAAUUCGCCACAGAGGUCCUCAGCAAGUGGGCCUCUUUUUUCAUCGUCGCCAUCGGCAUCGUGGGAAACACCAUGUCCCUACUCAUCACAACCAAGAAGGACAACCGCCGCAUCAGCACGUGCGUGUACAUGACAGCUUUAGCCUCUGUCGAUACUGUUGUGCUUAUCAACGAAUUUGUACACGCAAUUCUUUCAAAAUUUCCUGAUGUUUGGAAAGUCAUGGAAUCAAGUUGGGUAUAUCUAGGCUGUUCAUGGUAUUUCGCUGAUGUGUUCGCAAUCUCCUCUGGUCUGAUCCUGGCACAAAUGAGCAUCGACCGGGCAAUCGCGGUUACCUACCCCAUGAAGGCUUCAUCAAUAUGCACCGCAUCAAGAGCGGCCAAGAUCACCAUUGUAAGUUGCAUUUUUGAAAUGUGUUUCCACAUUCAAACAUUCUUUUAUUACAAAUUACCCGACAUACCAAACGGAGUCAUCAUACUGGACUACCCUAAUGCCAGGUGGGUCGAGACAUAUUAUAACGUUUAUCUCUUAAUCUUUGGUACAAUUGCCCCGUUUUCCAUCCUUGUCGUCUGCAACACUGUCAUCAUAUUCGGCAUCCGCAAAGCAGCGAAAGAGAGGAGGAGAAUGAAGUCCAUGCCGACCAAAACAGCAAAAGAACCCAAUCUCACCACCAUGCUUUUGAUGACGUCAUCGUUUUACCUUGCAUGCUCGUGUCCUAAACGAAUUUACGAUAAUUUGACCGGGUAUGAUUUGACUAAUGCGUAUUGGUCGGCGAGAUACUGGCUGCAGUGGUGGGUUUGUAACGAGUUAUGGCUUUUGAAUUUUGCCAUUAACUUUUAUCUGUAUUUUCUGGGCGGUGGACGAAAGUUCCGACGCGACGCGAUAUAUAUUUUCAAAAUACUAUGCAGUAAAAGAAUUGAACAGUGAGACAAAUCAAGGUGUUCAGUGCCUGCAGCACACAAGCCGCCAACUUUGGCGACACAUAAGCUUUCGACUGACGCCUCUCGACGCCAAAGUUGGCGACAGUGGAUCCAGGUCAGAGCACAUCUGCCCAGAAUUGGCGUCCAGUAGCGUCUUUUCCGCCACUUUAGGCUGCCAUUUUGAAAUCAUGUGACAUCAAGACGCAAGCUGAUUGGCCAUAGCCUCGCCGCCGACGCCAAGUCAGGCGGCCAUCCGUAGCACACCUGGCUUCUUCUUGCGUUCAAGCGCGGCGACACGCGUCAAAAAUCAAACAUGUUAGAUAUUUGACGUUUAUUUGCGGCAAGUGGCUUCAAGUUGCGUUCGCCGACGCCGUUCGUAGCAGACUAGUGAUUUUUCAGGCGUUCAGGACUCUUGCGGCAAAAAAACGCCUGUGAACGCCGAAGUUGGCGGCCAGUGUGCUGCAGGCUUUAGUGCUUUUCCGUCGGCAGGAUAACAACCAAUGACGAUGCGCACUCGGAUAUCGAUGCUCCAACGUUGAAGAAAUUCCUAUAAUCAAAUGAAGUUGCGUCGUUAUAGCGGAGUGACGCGAGCUCGGGCAUUCGCGCGGCGGGCAAGGUUUUUUUGCGCCAGGACUGAUGAACCAGAAGAAGAAAAAACAUACUGCAGUAAAAAGCCGCCCAUUUCUUUGAAACAAAGGAAACAAAUAAACAAAUAAACUAUUAAUCCUGUUUUCAUGUGAUCCGGCAAUCACGUUUUUGUGUGAAUUUACACAAUCAUGUUUUUAUGUGAUAAGCAAUCAGGAUGAAACGCGACAAAGGAACAAUUCACGUUUUUUCGUGUUGGUCCCGACUGCCAUGCAUGAAAGAAAAGAUUUUCGAUCGUCUCUGCUCGGUGUAUUUAUUCAUAAUUAUAAAAUAUCGUCAUGUGUUGCAUCACGAGGAAACCAGGGUUAAUGUUCGCCUCUCCGUCCCUGCACCAUUUUCAUAAAGGGGUGUAUGAAGUCAUAUGGUCGUAAGCGCUGUGCCUGUCACUUGUGUGAUGGAGUUGACGACUCCCUCCGAUUGCCUUGUCCGAUUGCGUAGGUUUUCUCCCGUUUAAAAAAGGUUUUCCUCCUACACUGACUUUCCAAGUUGCCAAUUGUGAGGAUAAUUCUUGGAAUGUGCAAAAAAAAUAAUUUUCAAAAGAAAAUGCUUUUCAUCUUUACUUGCCUGCUGGUGCUCCGACACUUCAGCUAGUAUUGUUUUAAAUAUUGUCAUGCAU